CCCCGGCGAGGAGGCGGCGAGGGCGACGUCGUCUCGUCCUCCUCCCCGUCUCCCCGAGUUGCCGAGCUCGUCUCGUCCAUAGAAACGCAGCGAAUUCUCGCCGGAUUUCUCCUCCUCCUCCGUGUUCCAAUCUGCUCUGCUUUCUCGGCUCGUGCUGGAUUACCAGUAGCAAUCACUGUUUCGGCAGGUGGGGGGGAUCGUCGGCGUACACCAAUCCGCCGUGGUUGGAGGUGGUGGUGGUGCAGCAAUGGUGGAGGUGGGGGGAAGGGUGAGGGGGUUCGUGCGGAACAGGUGGCUGGUGUUCGUGGCGGCGAUGUGGAUGCAGUCGUUCGCCGGGGUGGGGUACCUGUUCGGGAGCAUCUCGCCGGUGAUCAAGGCCUCGCUGGGGUACAACCAGCGGGAGGUGGCGGGGCUCGGGGUCGCCAAGGACCUGGGCGACAGCGUCGGCUUCCUCGCCGGCACGCUCUCCGCCGUGCUCCCGCUCUGGGCCGCGGUCCUCGUCGGCGCCGCGCAGAACCUCUUCGGCUACGGCUGGGUCUGGCUCGCCGUCACCCACCGCGCCCCCGUGCCCCCGCUCUGGGCGAUGUGCAUUCUUAUCUUUAUUGGUACUAAUGGUGAGACAUACUUCAAUACGGCUGCUCUCGUCUCAUGUGUUCAGAACUUCCCCAAGAGCCGUGGACCGAUUGUCGGUAUCCUCAAGGGAUUUGCUGGUUUGAGUGGUGCAAUCCUAACGCAGAUGUAUGCGAUGAUACAUUCACCUGAUCAUGCGGCAUUGAUCUUCAUGGUUGCUGUUGGUCCAACAAUGGUGGUUAUUGCGCUAAUGUUCAUUGUCAGACCAGUUGGAGGACACAGGCAAGUGCGGCCUUCUGAUGGUACAAGUUUCACGUUUGUAUACAGUGUCUGCUUGCUUUUGGCUGCUUAUCUGAUGGGUGUGAUGAUACUGGGGGACCUUGUCGACUUGAGCCACACAGUGAUGGUCUUGUUGACCAUCAUUCUAAUCGUCCUCUUGAUAGUUCCAAUAGUCAUCCCUGUGAUACUCAGCUUCUUCUCAGAUAACGAUGAGAGUGCCUAUGCAUCACUGUUGCAAUCACCAGGGAAAGAAGAAGCAAGUGCGUCAACACCAUCUGAAGAGCAAACUGAGGUUAUAUUCAGUGAGGUGGAGGAUGAAAAGCCAAAGGAAGUGGAUCUACUUCCAGCCUCAGAGAGGCAGAAGAGGAUAGCUGAAUUGCAGACAAAGCUAUUCCAGGCAGCUGCUGUUGGCGCUGUCAGGGUCAAGAGGAGAAAAGGUCCACGAAGAGGAGAGGAUUUCACAUUGAUGCAGGCAUUGAUCAAGGCAGAUUUUUGGCUACUAUUCUUCUCCCUUCUGUUGGGAUCAGGAUCAGGUCUUACUGUGAUAGAUAAUCUUGGGCAAAUGAGCCAGUCAUUGGGUUAUGAGGAUAGUCACAUUUUUGUCUCGAUGAUUAGCAUCUGGAACUUCCUUGGACGCAUUGGUGGGGGCUACUUUUCAGAGCUUAUUGUCAAGGACUAUGCAUAUCCAAGGGCUAUUGCGUUAGCGACAGCUCAAGUAUUUAUGGCAUUUGGGCACUUCUCCUUUGCAAUGGCUUGGCCGGGUGCAAUGUACAUCGGCACACUGCUUGUUGGUCUUGGCUAUGGUGCCCACUGGGCAAUUGUGCCAGCUGCAGCCUCCGAACUCUUCGGCCUGAAGAACUUCGGAGCAUUGUACAACUUCCUUACCGUCGCGAAUCCAGCAGGCUCCCUUGUAUUCUCAGGCAUUAUUGCCAGUGGCAUAUACGACUCUGAAGCUGAGAAGCAGGCUCACCAGCACCAUAACUCGACAUUGCUGGCAAUGCCUGGGAGAUUGCUUGCCAUGGCCUCGGAUGCUACUCAGCCAUUGAAGUGUGAGGGGGCCAUCUGCUUCUUCCUUUCGUCUCUGAUCAUGUCUGGGUUCUGCAUUGUUGCUGCUGUCCUGAGCUUGAUCCUCAUCUACCGGACGAAGAUUGUGUACGCCAAUCUGUAUGGGAACCCCAGGACAUGAAGAAUAUCAUCAGUCAAGACCCAGAAGGAAACAAAAUUUAUAAAUGUUAUCAACGCAUAUACUACUAUCUCGGAUUUUCACCCCAAGUCCUGUUGAUUCGUUGGAGAGCAGAAGGGUGAAGUUUUGUUAUCUUCCUUCUGUUUCUGAGAGGCAUUCUUGCGCUAUCAUAAGUUAAUGAAGUUAUCAGUGGCUACUGAAAGAACGAUCGUUGUUCAGUAUCUUGAAGUAUCGACGUGUACCGGUGCACGGUGGAGAUGUGUUUUGCUUUUCAACUUUUGCUGUGUAAAAACUUUAAAAAUCGCAUGUAUACAUGUACAAAUAGCGUUGCUUUGUCAAGGAGGAACAUUGUUCUUUCCGGUAUGUUGAUAUAUAAUGAAGUGCUUCUCAUAUGAGGGGGAAAACAAGAGAGAGAAAAGUUGAUCAUC